UGGCUGCCGUUUGCCGCAAGAAAAGGGGCAAGAUGCGUGUCUGCGAGUGCGCGCGUGUGUAUCGGUGACGCUGGCCGGGAUGCGAGCCGCCAGCCCGCUCGCCUGCAGCGCCGCUCGCCUCCUUCCUUGCAAAGGCUCCGCGAUGCGCCGGAUGGCCGCCUGAGCGCACGCUCUGAAUUCGCCCCCCGUGCAAUUGGUCGGAGGUCGUCGUUUUCGGUUGCAUUUCAUUUUUGAACUCCAAGCACCUUCCCCGUCGCGGUGCAUGCUUCUCUCCUGCAUCCCGAGCCGCCGCCGCCAAAAAAAGAGAGGAUUAAAAAACGGACGCCUCCCGGCUGAAGGAGCUGCUGCGCGCCCAGGGCGCAUCGCCUGCGUUCCUGCAAAGACACCUAUAACCAGGCCUGUGAAUGAGCGGGGAUCGUUUGGGAACCUAGGAGGUGCUGUGUCGCAGCCGGAGAUUUAGACCUGAGCCGGCUCAUUCAAUGCCACUGACGUCUUGUGCCUCCACUACCAUACCUUGCCAUGGCCAAAUUAGAGACCCUCUCCGUCCUUAGUGACGCCAGCUACCACAACAAGGAAGCCUUCCACCCUUUCGACCACAGGCUCACCGAACCCGCCUCCCAGGGCACGAUGGGAAGCGUCGGCAGCGGCGUCGCCGGCGAGCAAGAGUUCGCCAUGAAGAGCGUGGGUACCAGGACGCAGAGCGGCGGGCGCCAGGUCGAUGGGUCCCGGAACAGCUACUCCACGCGGGAGAUCUCGAACCGCUACUCUGGGGAAGAGAAGACCUACAAGACGGAGAAGAUCUCCCACUCCAUCUUCAUCAACGGGGACCUGCGCAAGAGCGAGAAAGGGAAGGGGGACCUCUGUGGGAACGUCGCGGCCAACAACGAGAAGAACAUCCCACCUCCUCCCCAGUACAGAGAACCCAGUAACCCACCAAAGAUAUUGCCAGUCUCUGGUAAACUAGACCAGAGCAAUGAGCCCUUAGUUAGACCUUCAGCCUUUAAGCCCGUAGUCCCUAAAAACUUCCAUUCCAUGCAGAACCUGUGCCCGCCGCAGAACAACGGCAUCUCGGAGACCCGGAAGACCUUGAACCACACCAACAGCAAUAGCCCUUCCACGGUCAAAAGUGGGAUGGAGAAGGCCAGCCAUAACAGGACUACCAACCAGGCGGGCGGCCUCUCCGAUUCCGGGCGGAACUCUUUGACCAGCCUGCCCACCUACGGCACAGGCUAUAGCCAGCACAUCGGGCCCAUGAGCGCAUCGACCAGCCACAUAAACCGCAUCGGGACCACCUACGUGGACAAGAACAUUGUGGGCUACAAUGGGAUAUCUACCUCAGACAGCGGCCGGUCUUCCAGCAAGAGCACGUCCUCGUUCAGCCGGCUCAACCACCUCAACGAGACGAUGCCCUUCCACUCGCCCUCGACGGACGACAUCAUCCAGGACUUGGAGGACCGGCUGUGGGAGAAGGAGCAGGAGGUCCUUCAGAUGAGGAGGAACCUCGACAAGAGCGAGGCGGCCAUCUACCAGGUCUUUGAGGAGAAGCAGAAGAUCUGGGAGCGGGAGAUGGAGGACCUGCGGCAGAAUUACGCCAACAAGCUGCAGCAGGUCUCCAAGAAGGCCCAGAGGGCGCAGCAGGCUCUGCAGCUGCAGAUCUUCAAGCUCCAGCAGGAGAAGAAGAAGCUCCAGGACGACGUGGGGCAGCUCCUCCAGCAGCGGGAAGAGCUGGAGAAGAAGUUCGUGGCUUUCAAGAAGGAGCAGGCAGAGUUCCUUCCCAAGAUCGAGGAGACCAAGUGGGAGGUGUGCCAAAAGGCUGGUGAGAUCUCUCUGCUGAAGCAGCAGCUGAAGGACUCCCAGUCCGACGUCUCCCAGAAGCUCAACGAGAUCGUCGGCUUGCGGACCCAGCUCAAGGAAGGCAAGAGCUUCCUCAGGGAGAAGGAGGAGCAGAUCCUGACCUUGAAAGACUCCUACAGCACCAAGAGCGUCAGCCUGGAGAUCUCCGAGGGCGAACUGCAGCGGAAGAUGGGCGAGGUGCAGAUGUUGAGGGAGAAACUUGACCAGUGCGAGCUGGAGGUCUCCAACCUGAAGCAGACCCUCACCAGCCUGGGCGGGGCCCACGGCCACUUUGGCGCCGAGCUGGCGGAGAAGCUGGCGAGGGACCCUUUGGCUUGCGAGAGCGACGAGGCCAAGAUGAAGCGGCAGAGCGAGGAGAACUUCAACGCGCUGAAGAAGGAGGUGGAGCGGCUGCAGGCGGAGCUGAAGGCCGAGAGGCAGCAGCGGGAGCAGCAGGUCCUGGACUUUGAGGAGGAGCGCCGCACCUGGCAGGAUGAGAAGGAGAAGGUCAUCAAGUACCAGAAGCAGCUGCAGCUGAAUUACGUGGAGAUGUACCAGAAGAACCAAAUCCUUGAGCACAAAGUCAGUGAAAUGACCAGCAAGGUCGCCAGCCCGCCACACACCGACGAGAAGAAAACAUGGACUCCUUCCAGGCUGGAGAGGAUAGAGUCCACAGAGAUCUGAGGAAAGGACUUGAGGCGUUCAAAGUACGUUGUCCCCCCAACCCCACCUCCCCAAAUUACUGUGCAUGUACUUCAGCCGGUGAUCUUCCCGAGGAGAAUUAAUAUGCUAUAUAACCAGCAGUGUAAGUUCGUCUGCCCUGGGCAUCUCCCACAAUGCUCUGGUGCUUUGCAGGUGAUAAAGGAAAAAUAGAGACA